CUCGGUCACUCCAAAAUUUGUGUGUGAAAAUUUCAAUGGGAAGGAGAAAACCUAGCAGCGAUGGUCCCAUUAACAUUGACUCCGACUCCGAACCCGAGUCCGACCUGAAGUGCUCGAUUUCAGAAAUUUACAAUGAUCAACUGUCAAAGCAUCGAACAUGUUGGAUGCAUGUAUUAGCAGCUUCGAAAGCUCAAAGACAGAGCUUGACUCGGGGAGAAACUGAAGAGAUCAAAAAGAUAUCCCCAUGCUUUUUAACUUUUUCUCCUCACCGCCAGAGAUCAACGAGCAAGUAUGUCAACCGUGAAGUGUCAAGAAAAACACAGAACCAAGACACUAAAACGUGUUCAGUGUCAAGAAGAAAACCGGUGCCAGUCUCUCGAGCUUGUAGAGUGUCACGGAAGAAACAGAAGCUAGGCUCUGAGGCCUUUGAGUGCUACUUUGAGAACUUAUGGAAGAGCUUCUCUGAGGACAAGAAAACUUCCUGCACAUACCUUGACUGUUUAUGGUUUUCCUUGUACAUUAAACCAACCACCACAGACAAGGUGCUAACCUGGAUUAAGAAGAAGCAUAUUUUUUCAAAGAAAUAUGUUUUUGUUCCUAUUGUGUGCUGGAGCCACUGGAACCUACUAAUAUUGUGUCAUUUUGGUGAGAAUCUCGAAUCAAAGACCCAAAGACCAUGCAUGUUGUUGCUUGAUUCUCUUGAAAUGGCAGAUCCGAGGAGGCUCGAACCAAAUAUAAGAAAAUUUGUAGUGGACAUCUUUAGAGAAGAGGGUAGGCCUGAGAAUAUGAAUCUUCUGAGAAAAAUUCCUCUUUUGAUACCUAAGGUGCCACAGCAGAGAAAUGAUGAGGAAUGUGGUAAUUUUGUUCUCUACUUCAUUAAUUUGUUCACGGAGAGUGCUCCGCAGAAUUUUAGCAUGGAGGGCUACCCUUACUUUAUGAAGAAAAACUGGUUUACAUAUGAAAGCUUGGAUUGCUUCUGCCAGGAACUCUAUUCCUCAGCAAAGUGAAGUUCCCAGAACUUAAUAUGCAUAUGUUUUUGUAAAUGGUUUAGCUGAUUAUAAUGCCAGACAGAUUCAUGAUGCAACUGAUGUUUUAAGUGUCUCGAUCGACAAGUACAAUAGGGAAAACAAUAUUUGAGCAAAUAUUUUGGUUCAUGAGAAUAGAGAGAAUCCUCAAUUUUUAUAGUGUUGACUACGUUUUUGGCGAUCUGAUUGUCAUUGUUGGGAAGUACAGUUAAGAACUGAUCUUUGAGCAAGAAGAUGGCUUAGCUUGAAAGUGCUUUGACAAUCCAUUAACAGUAGACACACAAGUACCCCCUUUAUAACUAUAAAGGAAGAACAAGAUCAUAGCAAGAGUAUUGUAUUACAACUAAAAAUUUCCAUCAACCAGCAAUAAGAUCACAAACCACAUUCAUGUACGAACUGGGCUUUUAAAG